AGUGCAGGACUUCUGCUUGUAGAGUAUUAGUACUAUCUGAAUUCUUUCUCCUCCACUGUCUGCAGCUUAAGGACACGUCCUCCUGUUUGUUGCACAUGAGCCAGGUCGAGGUGUCAGACAGAGACAAAUGUCGUCCCGCCUGUUUUUGUAUUCAGCUGCAUGUGUUGUCAGUCCAUCAGAGGCUAAUUAACAUAACAGGAUCCCCAGUGAUCCCACUCUGCUCUUCUGGCUAUACGCAGCUCCUGUUACACUUUACAGCCUGCACAGCGGGACACUUCCAACAAGAUGCUGUUGUUUCAAUCAACCCCAAAAGUAAACUGGACAGCGUGUGAGAAAGUGUCAUUAUGUGUCUGUGUCUUUCUCCAGGUUGUGCCCAGUAAAAGGGAUGAACAUCAGUUAAAGCCUACUGAGUAAUUUCCACAGACAACACCUUAAAUAAACACUAAGAUAAAGAGGUGGUGACACGACAUCUUAGACAGAGACACUAUUGUUUUAGAAAUACAAGUGGAAGAGUGGAGCUGUAAAACAAACUACAUGAAGCAGAUUUAAAAAGUCACAAUGAGAAUAUUAGCGUGCAAUAAAUACCACAAGAUCACUAUAAAUUCAGAAAAUGCUGUGAUGAUCCUUCACAGUUCAUGAAAGUCUUUUAGUAACACCUGGAACACCUUAAAGAUUUCCUGCAAACUCCUCAAGGAUCACUGGGGAGCCUCAAAGACCCCUGGAACUCAAUUUAAAAUGCCUGGAAUUCCUUUAAGGGUGCCUGGAUCUGGAACUGGAAUUCAUUCAAGGAUCCCUGAACCUUCCUCAAGGACAGUGAAAACGCCAAAAAGAUCCCCAAACUCCUGCAGCAACCCUUGAAAUCCCUUCAAUAUUGCCUCCAAUCCUUUCAAGGAACUCCUUGUGAUCCAUGCAACACUGAGAGAUCCCCAGACCAUUGCAAAGACCCUUGAAAAUGCCUGGAAUCCCUUUAAGGACCCCCCAAACUUCUAAAAGAUCCCAGUACCACUGGAAACCCCACUAAAAUUCCUUCAAUAAUGCCUGAAACCUGUUCAAGGAUUCCUGGAAACUACACAAGGAUCAUCAGACCAUUUCAGAGACCCUUUAAAACUACCUGGAUUUGGAAUUAUUUCAAGGAUCCCCUUUAACUUCUCAAGGAUCCCUGGAAACCCGUGAAGGACCUCCUGACCCAUGUAAAGACUUCCCAAUACCACCGGAGACCUCUUCAAGGAUACCUGGAACCACCUCAAGAAACUCCAGACCCGCGCAGAUACCCUGAAUAAUGCCUGGCAUCCAUUUAAGGAUCGACUGGAACUCUUCCUGAAUUCCUCAAGGAUUUACUGCCCUCUUAAUAGGGACCUGGAACUCUUGUAGGAAUACACUGAUUCUCUUCAAGGACCCUUGGAACCACUUUAAACAUUCAUAACCACCUAAAAGCCCCCUUGAGCCUCUUCUACUCCCUCUGACAUACCCCUGGAAGCCCAUUCAAGGACCUCAGUAGGCCGCUCCUCCCCACACAGAAUGAGCGAGCGGACACAGCCAACACGUUUCACCUGGAGGGUCCUGCUCCGUGCGGAUCCUCCUGUCCCACCGUCCAGCCUGCUCUCGACAUCAAAGCAUUCUUGAUGUGGAAACGGCAGCCCGGGGUGGCCGGUCGUAACCUCCGCAAUAAAUUAAGACGAAGUGGCAAAUAAAGCUGCACCUGCAGGCCUGACGUCUUCACCUCCAACACAUGGAGGAGCCGUUAAGAGGCAGUGGAGGAAAAAAGGAAGAGGAAGACAAAAGCUGGUGUUGCUCAGUUUCUUUAAAGUGGUUUCUUGAACUCCUGAGCUAGAAUAAUUUAUAAUAAUAGAAAAAGGCACAUAAUAUAGAUUUAGGCGACAUAAUUUAAAUUAUGGAAUCGGAGAUAAAAAGACAUGACGCAGUUUGUUAGCUAAAAGAUGUCAGUGUGUUUUAGCAAGCUUAACCAAGCUAACUAAUUAGUUAUGAUAGCCAAUUAUAGGCUACAAAGAAAGAAAACCCACACAUCUCCGGACACAACAAGAGAUUUAUAAGAGCCUCACUAAAAAUGUCCUAAAAUGAAUAUUAGAGACAUUAUAAAAUGAAUGAUAAAGCCAUAAUUGAUGAAGAUACCGCAUAACAGGAAAGGCUAAUAGGAUAUUAUAAUUGCAGCAUGAAUUUGUUUCGUUUUUGAUAUGAAAUAGGCCUAAGUAGGCUAUAAGAUAUGAAAUGAAGAAAAUAAAAGGCAUUACUCAGUUUUAAAAUGCCACACAGGCCCUAAAGUAUCUUAUAGCCUAAUUUUUAUUUUAUUUUAAUCUAUUUCUAUGGACAGCUGUCUUGUUGUAAAAUUAAGAUUGUUCUUUAACUUUAAAGGUCUGAAACAAAUUACUGACAAGCCAAGCUACAUCCUCAUUUUACUGUCGCUUUGUUCAUUAAUUUCACAUUAGACAACAAGUAAGCUAUAGCUAAACAGACAAAAGGUUUAAGCAAACAUGCUAUUUUCAGCUACCAUAGGUGGAUGCCUGUACAAUGUCCUUUUGUCAGUUCCUACGGAAGUCAGUUGGCACUGGGUAAAUGCUAAGAUGUCUCCUUUUCUUUUUAGAGUCAAGCUUUCAAGCUGCAAACAAAGAGCCAAACAUAGAAAGUCACAUUCCUCUUUUAAACUCACAAGUCAUCAGUCAGAGGCAGCGAUGUAGGCUGUUUUACCGGAACAAGUCACAUAUUUCCUUGGAUAAACUCGACCAUAUCGAAUUUAAUCCGACUUUUAUUUAACUUUUAUCACAAUAUUUUUCUGAUAAAGUUAGGCCUACUUAUAAGUACACUAGGGAGGACAAUGAGAGAGCAGACAUGGCCACUUAGUGUAGGUUAUGCAGAUAAAGUGAAAACAAAGGUUUAAAAAUAUGAAUGUUUUCUUGUGCUUUUAUUCUUAGAUUGAUCAAAUAUCCGCACAUGGCAUUUUUUAUUGGGUUUAUGUUGAGCUAUUAUGAGCUAUAAAUAAGAUUUAAUGUAUUAAGAUAAGGGACAAGGUGGGGCCUAACAGGGUAGCCUAUUUAGAAUUAAUAACCUAGGAGUAGGUUAAAGUUUCUCUGUGUUAUAACGUUUAGGAUCAGUUAAAGGUUAAAAGCUGGGUGUAUUUUAGGUUGUGUUUUACUUCACUGUUGUGUAUAGGUCUCUGCAUGCUGACAUGGUGUUUUUUUUUUUUCCAGGUGUGGUUGUUGUGAAAACAUUGUAAUCAUCAUCAGUUACUUCUGGCAGGAGGACAGACUGUAACAACCUGCAGGACACAUUCAUCACCUGUCUCUGUCGCAAGGCAGUUUAACCUGUGAUCUUUGUAAAUACAGGCUACCUAUAGAAAUCCAACAUUUUAUGCAGGAUUUAUUGCCACUGUAAUAUGCUUAUUAUCAAAAGGCCCUCCAAUUAGGCUAACAUUGUCAACAAAUUUUAAAUUAAUUCCUGUGUGACCAUUGGAUUAAAAAUAAACAGGCUAUUUUGGAUUGUGGAAUGCAUGAAAAAUUAAUAUGAAAAGGUCAAUAUAUAUGUGUGUUUUUUCCAUUGAAAGAUCAGGCCGGAUGUCAUCUUUAAAACGGCAAUAAGGUGUUGUUGCGAUAUAGACUCUGCUCAUUGUUGAUCAAUAAUUCGUUUAUAAACUGGUUGUUCAGUAGCAAAUUAGAAUUAAGCAACAGCGCCCUACUUAACCUAUCAAAAAAGUAAUAGGCCUAAUUUAGGAAAAACGAUUUCUCUCCGGUGGUAAACUAAAAAAUAUAUGACAUCCAUUAGGCUAUAGGCCUACACAUCCAUAAAAAAGACAAAGGAGCCACUGAUGGCAUGCAGAGAACGGUCACUUCAAGCCAGCUUAGAUUUAGAUGAUUAGCUAAAUAUAUGGGGGCUGUAAUAUCUUCAUUAAAUCAGGAAGCAAAACGACAGUAGCCAGUAGGCCUACUUUUUAUAGCCUACUGUUUUGUAGCUCCAGAAUCUAUUACCCUUCUGAAAAUUAAAUUCGUUACUAAGGAAAGUUAAGCCUAAUGAAAUUACUGUUAACUGUUUAGGAAAAUUAAUGUUGCCCCCGCCCACCCCGCGUCAAUAGCUGCUCUCUAUUGGUCUGUGCGUGUUUAGAAGCAGCCAAUCAGUGGGCAGAGAGCACAGACUGAAGCGGUUCAUAGGAGUGGCGCUCUGCGUGUUUUCUUCAGAGGAAACUUGGAUCUGUUCAGCGCGUGACACUCAUUUAUCCACUCAAUUAACAGCUAAUUACAAGCCUAUUCUGAAACCCGGACUGUGUGUUUGUCUGUGCGUGAUUCAUCACAGUCCUAACUACGAGCUCAGUGCUGUUAAACCCUGGACGGCUGAAUCAACCUCUGGAGGUCUAAAUAAUUCUUGUCUCCAGACAUAAACUGGCUAUAGAGACAGUCGGCGGGGGACUCGGGCAGACAUGUCAGACAACGCCUGUUGCGACUUUGAAAUCGACGUGGAAAGUCUGGAGACGGAGAGCGAUGACCUGGCGGACUCCUCCAGCCGCCCCGGCUCGGCACCGCUCGGCGCCGCCGCCUCCGAGGACGACGGAGACGGCAGCAAAGGCGACGACAAGCCGGGCCCCAGCGGCAUGUGUCCGGGGGACCAGAGGAAGCUGAGCCGGACGCCGAAGUGCGCUCGCUGCCGCAACCACGGCGUAGUGUCCUGCCUGAAGGGACACAAGCGCUUCUGCCGCUGGAGGGACUGCCAGUGUGCCAACUGCCUGCUGGUGGUGGAGAGACAGCGUGUGAUGGCGGCGCAGGUGGCCCUGAGGAGGCAGCAAGCCACGGAGGAUAAGAAAGGAAUUUCUGGGAAACAAAUUCCAGCUGAGAGGAGGACGAUUUAUCAGCGGCAUAUUCGACCGUCCACCAUGCUCGCCAAAAGCAUCCUCGAAGGAUACUGUCCGGUGCAGUCUGAUCCAUUCCUGGCGUCCAACCCGUCUCUUCCCCCGCCACUGAGCGAUCGCAUGAGGAAGAGAAGGGCCUUCGCCGACAAGGAGCUGGAAACCAUCAUGCUGGAGCGGGAGUACAAAGAACGAGAGCUGCUGGAGAACAGCCAGGCGGCCACGGCUUCACUCCUCUUCCCUAACAACAUGGUCCACCACGCCGCUGAAUAUAACUCUUACAAGACGGCCUACUCACCCGCGACUCAGGCUGAGCCGCAGCCCAAAGAGCUAUGCAACUUCCUCGGUCCUAACUGCCUGGAUCUGUCCAUGCAGUAUCCCGCCGGCUCAGCCAACGUCGAGCUCAUCUCCUCCAACGUCAGCGUGGCCACCACCUAUCGCCAUUACCCGCUGCAGCCAUCACGAGGCAGCUUCAUGAUGUGGCCCCGCGGUGCAGCCAACCUGGGUGACGCUCUGCUGUACCAGCAGUGCCUGUUCAACGCCACGGCGGUGCAGAACAUGAAGCCAGGUGCUGUGUGGGAGCCCAAGGUGAUGCCUGCCGAGAGCCAGCCGCCAGAGCAGGAGACGGCGGCUAAACUAGAAGGAUCCCGAGCCGCUGCACUGCAGGACUCAUCAGACCCUCAACGGGCUGAUCCCAAACCUCCGGGUGUCUCCCGGGGAGGACAGAGGGAGUGCUCAGCCUUUUCUCCCCCUAAGAGGAGCUUUGGACAAUCCUUCCACAACAACUCUCAUUCCCAACACUCCAGCCAAGUCCUGAACAAGCUGAGCAAAGACAGCACUAAGCUUUCCAUGAAACUCAACUCCUUUCACUCUCUCAUUCAGCACUCGCUGAGUGAAAAAAACAGCGGCGAGGCCGGGCCGGAGCAUAGGGCUCCAUACUGCAAAGAGCUCUUAGAGGAGGCCGCCCGCAAGUUUAGGGAAAGCUCGGCUAUAGACAUUCAGACCGUCAAAAUCACUGACCGGUACGCCAAAGACUUUCCGUCCAAGCCUGUGGGGACCAAGAUGGCGUCCAGUGAGUCUUUGUCCUUCUCUGUGGAAGCCAUACUGAAGAGACCCACACCUGCCAUGAGUCGAGCAUUCCAUUAAUUCCCAUUAAGUCUUUUCUUGCACUAUAAACGUCAGGUUUGUCUCAGUUAGAGGGCGUCUCAAGUUGGAGUUUUGGGGUCAAACUAAAUCUUAAACACACAGACACUACAUCAGAAAUUAGACCAGCUAGAGAUUAUUUUUUUCCCAAUGUAAUAUUUAUGUACAGUAUAUUAUACUUUACAUGUGCAUGUUUAAUAACUUUAUUGUGUAGAGUAUUUAAACAUUAUCCCAAUGUUUUCCUCAUGUCAAUAAACUUUAUAAGACUGAA